GAUAUAACCACAUUAUUUAUGUUCUGUGGAUAUAACCUCAUUUUCAUUAGUGAGUGUUCUGUGAAUCUGUGGUUGUGAUGAAGAGUGAGGACAUUUAAAUUUUAUCUAAUGAAUAUCAAAAUAAAAUGACGAAAGUGAAAGACAUCUCGCAAUGCAAACAUCCUUGCAGUCGAAAAACCAGAGCACUGCAACGGCAAAUUAAAAAAGCAACUACUAAGGAAAAGAAAAAAAUUCAUGGUAGUAUCAAACAAAAUCUAAUUGGAGAAAAACUGUUAUGGUUUCAAGAGCACCUACAACAAGUUGAAUUGUUAACACCUGAUCAUGCCGAGGAGUUAAUACAUAUGUAUUUAGGGCGUUUCAAUGAAGAAUUAGAACAAAUUUCAAUAAAGCAUUCAAUUGGAAAUAGGAAGAACAGACAGCAUGCUAGUAGAGAAGAUAUUAUAAAGCUAACAAUAAAAAGGGAAGAAGAGGAAUUCAGAACAUGUGGCAUUGAAAUACCAGAUUUAUUGAACCAGGAUCAGUUGAAUCUUUUAAGAACAUGGAAUGGGGAACUGCGCUAUCUACCAAAUUUCAAACUCAAAAGAUAUUCGCAUAAUUUUUUUGAAACUAGGAAAACAAAGUGAAAUUUAAAAAAUAUGUCCAUAUUGUAAUUCACAUUAGUCCAAACCAUAAAAAGCAAUUUAUAAUAAAUUUUAAGGUUGGUAUGUUG